CUAAUGCACAGUGAUCAGAAGUAACGUCUUGACUGCUUUGGCUUUCUUAUUAAUACAGACAAUAAGAGCUACCUCAGUCAUUAUGAGGAUUUCUGAAAUAAUUUGUAAAGCUCUUGAAGAGCAAAGUGAUUUAAAAAACGGAGAAGAAUUGCUGCUGUGAAGAUAUAACGAUGGCCUUCACAUAAAUGAAACUUAAGAGUAACAAGAUUUAGUGCCUCAGAAAGGAAAAAUUUCAAUGGACAAGAAGCCAAUUCUGGAGGUAGUAAAAUGCUUGAGACCUGGAAUUUGAACUUGAGCUACUAUCUAAAGCUAUUAAAGAAUAGAAGAAAAUGGAAUUGAACAUGCCAUCAGUAUGGAACAGUCUGAUUCUUUAAUAGGCAACCAUAAUGAUUCUGAAGAUUCAAAAAGAGAUUCUCAGCAUCUGACCUGUAUGGACUCCAGUGAGCUUUCCUUUGAUCAUAAUAUUUCUUCUGAAGUUUUACCUACCAGUACUCAUGAAGCAGAAGCAGACAGUUCACUCACAUCACAGACUCUUUCUACAGAGCAGUUCCAUCUCAUCGACCAAAAUGAGCAACCUAUUCAGUAUGAACUUCAGCCAUUGGAGGAUUCUGAUGCCCCUUCGAUGAUCGUUGCCAGCCCAUCAGAAAAUGGACAGGUACUUCAUGUAAUUCCAUCUACGCAGACAGAAGUGGCACAAGUGAUUAUACCUCAGGGGCAACUUGUAGAUGUGAAUAGUCCUCAGGAUGUCUCUAAAGAGAAAUCCAGUGAUGAGACCUUACCAGAUGCAGGAGGAGACAGUCCCAGUACUUACAUUCUUCAUCCACAAGGAUCUCUCACUUCGCCCCAAAAGUCAGAGACAGGAACGGUUGAAGAACCCUUACUAGCUCCUCUCCAGACACUUACUUCUAACACACCCAUGUGGGCCUGUCGUCUUAGGAGCUGUGAGAGAAUUGGAGAUUCAUAUCGCGGCUACUGUGUAAGUGAGAGUGAACUAGAGAGUGUGUUAACUUUUCACAAGCAGCAGACACAGAGUGUUUGGGGGACCCGCCAAUCUCCAAGCCCAGCCAAGCCAGCUACACGCUUGAUGUGGAAAUCCCAGUAUGUUCCAUAUGAUGGAAUCCCAUUUGUCAAUGCAGGGAGUAGAGCUGUGGUAAUGGAAUGUCAGUACGGGCCAAGGAGAAAAGGUUUCCAGUUAAAAAAAAUCUGUGAACAGGAAAACAGGCCUUGUCAACUCUACAAAGCAACUUGUCCUGCUCGGAUUUACAUUAAAAAGGUACAGAAAUUUCCUGAAUAUAGAGUUCCAACAGACCCAAAAAUUGACAAGAAAAUAAUACGAAUGGAGCAGGAGAAAGCUUUUAAUAUGCUAAAGAAAAACCUGGUUGAUGCUGGUGGUGUUCUUAGGUGGUAUGUCCAGUUACCCACACAGCAAGCUCAUCAAUAUCAUGAAUUAGAGAUUCCCUGCCGCCAUGUGUCACCUCCCCCUCUUCCGAUGCCUUCCCUUGAAGAAGAGGAUGCUGCAGUCAGAGAUGAGAAUUGUGCGUUGCCCUCACGUCUGCAUCCUCAAGUAGCCCAUAAGAUUCAAGAAUUAGUAUCGCAGGGAAUAGAACAAGUAUAUGCAGUAAGGAAACAACUAAGAAAGUUUGUGGAAAGGGAACUGUUUAAACCCGAUGAGGUACCUGAAAGACAUAAUUUAUCCUUUUUUCCAACCGUAAAUGAUCUAAGAAAUCACAUCCAUGAGGUACAGAAAUCCUUGAGAAAUGGAGAUAAUGUAUAUAACUCAGAGAUCAUUCCAGCAACGCUGCAGUGGACUACAGAUAAUGGCAAUAUUCUUAGAGAAACUGUGACAGUUACAUUUGCAGAAGGAACUUCACCAGGAGACUCAGGUGUUACUAAUGCAGAAACAAACCAAACAAGAAGUUCUUUAUCGCUAGAGCCAACCCACUUGCUCUCCUCAUUUUCCUCAUUUCCACCCAAAAUAUUUACCCAGCUUCAGGAUUUGCAGUUGCAACCAAGAUUGUCCUCUCCUGAUGAAUCACCAACUCUAAUAACAGAAAAUAACCACUCCUCCUCAAGCCCUUCCAGACUUCUGGAUUCAAUAGGAAGUAAUGUACUGAAUAAUAAUUCACUCCUGCUUGAUCAAGGCCCUACCCUUCAAUCAGAGACUUGCCUCACUGAAAGCAGUAGUAUUGCUUCUACCAUGGGUGACCUUCCAGAACCAGAUCAAAGUCUGGUUGCUAUGGAACAGUUGGUAGAAGUUGGAGAUGUGCAAGAUACAGACACUCUGGAAGGAAGUGUUCAUCAUAUUCUCUUGGGAGAUGUGGAGACCAUUCCAAUACAGAUUAUAGGCGGCCAUCCAGCUCUCCUUGAAGAAAAUCCAGAAGAAGAUACCAUUUCUGUGGACCAAGAUAAGCAAGAACCCAAAGAACCAGUAUUAUGUAUGAAAACAAAAAGAAAUAUAGACUUUAAGAAACUAUCUGCUAUAUAAUUAAAGUUUUUCAGAACUUACAACUGAUGUCAGAGAAAAGAAGGUGACUAUUAUCAAAGUGCAGUGUUAUUGUAAGUGGACAGAAGAUUAAUUCAGUGAACAGCUUUGAUUUAAAACUGGCGUAUUGGUUGCCAAUUCCAUAUUUUUUACUUACAAGAUAGUUCCUCUUAUUUUAUAUAAAUAUUGUGCUUUUUGGUGAUCUGAUAUCAAGAUUACCUGAAUUUAUUCAUGUCUGAACACAAAUAUGUUAUACUCUGAAAAUACCCAAAUUUUAUUCUUAAAGGGCAAAAAGAACAACAAAACCAGUAUGUGAACAUAUGGUUGUGUGUGACAUUUUCAGAUUUUAAAAGAACUUAUUCCUCUUCAAAGUUGUGAAAAUUUUUUUAAAUUGACAGAUGACAUUCUGUCUCAUUUACAAAGAUAAAACAAUAAUUUUAUAUCAUCAACAUGUUACCCAGAGGGUACUAUGUAAUUUGUGUGGCUAUAUUUUAGCUUCUUCCCUUCCAAUUUUUGUCUUAGCACUACUGACUUACACUAAUGUUCACCAGGUAGAAAUGAGUAAUUCUGAGAAUUUCUACUUGAAUCAGUCAUAGACAUAACUAUAUUGUGUAUAGAUUUAUAUGGUAUAAUUAAAACAGUAAGUAUGAAUUUAUAGAUGUAGAAAUGGAGAGAAUUAACGAAGAAUAAUGGAAUUAUUUGGUGCUUAAAAAGAAUUUGGAAAACUUCUUUAAUAUCAGAAAAGAAUUUCCCCCAAUUUUGUAUUGAAGAUUUAACUCUUCUUUGGAUUAUAUUUAUAUUCUGUGUCAAAGUUUUUAUUGAAUGGAUAACAUUAGAAUGUAUAGAAUUUCAAGGUAAGUAUAGCUUAAAAUUUAGUUCAUAUUUUAAACUUUAAAAAUCGAGUAUUAGUUUGGAAUUAACUUCAAAUAACAAAUAAGUACUAAUAAUAUAUCAUUAUCUUACCUUUGUGAAGAAAUUAACCUGAAGUUUUUUUCCAGAAAGCAUUUGUUGAUAUAUUUGAAAUUUUAUUUAAAAAUAACAAAGGCGGGUCCAGAGAGAUAGCACAGCAGUAGGGCAUUUGCCUUGCACACAGUAGACCUAGGAUGGGUGGAGGUUUGAAUCCCGGC